AUGGGGCAACAAAACUCCUCAACCAGAUCAGAACGGCCUAUUACCUACAGUGUUAACCCCCUGUCUCUCAAGAAGAAGCUGCAUCAGUUGCGACAGCUUCAAUAUCUUCAGCGCUUUAAAGAGCUACAAGUCAGUAAUCGCCACAUCCCGGAGAUCAACGCGGGCGCCGAACUGUUGAUACUGGACUCUCUCAAAGCCAUCGAAGUUGUUUCGGAGUUCCUUUGGCCUCAAAAUUCAUGGUUUAUAUCGACCACUUCUAGCGGGUGUUUUCGCAAUAUGUAUCUGCAGGGCCACGAAAGGAGCAAAACCAAUAUCAGCAAGCGCGCCUUGAUCUUGAUUAGCAAGACCGAUGAAACCUCAAGUCCUUGCUUGACAGUAACGCUGCUUGGACAACAAGACCGACUCGAGUUCGAAGUUCGUGAGCUCAAAGACAUGUACAGCUUGUUUAGAGCGACGCUUGAUAGCGAGUAUACCUAUGAAUAUAAUUGUCUUACCAAAUAUCAAGGAAGUCUAUCUACGACAUAUCAUCAGAUGGUCCAACAGCAGCCUCAGAUUUGCAGCAAAAAUGUCCCGAAAGACCGGUAUAAGCUUCGAUAUCUUAAGAAAGAGAGGCCAAGCGACAGGAGGACCUUCCAGGGCAGAUUAAUCACCGGUCGCUUGACCAAUUUCCACUGCUUAGGCCAAGUAGAUCGCUUCCGCGUCGGCCAAGAUCUCAUCGUCGUUAUGUGCCCAGACGACUUGCAGGCUGGUAUUAAUUAUAGAACUCUGAGUACAAUGGUCGAUGCCGCGGCCGAUUUGCUUGAAAAAGAGGGUGGGAGUCCACUUGCCACCGAAUUACGCAAGUUCCGUAUCAGUUGUAUGAGUGCUUAUGACUUUCUUUCGAGACAUCCGUCAAAUCGAGGAGCUUGCGACAAAAACGAUAAGAUGAUCAUUUCCUGCGUCCAGAAGGUCACCAAUACCGUCAUGGUCUCGAAGCACAUUGUAGGGCAGGCACAGACGACGUGGAUGGUCAGCAUUCAACACCAGACGAAAGGCCCCUACCCUCCGGACGAAACUGCAUCUGAUCCUCAGGAUUCUGAUUCCGACAAUAGGGGUGAUAAUACUAGUCUUGAUUUCCUGCCAUCUCCCAACCCCGAAAACAGGAAGAGGAAAUCGCGUUCGCUAGUACUACGCUGGCUUGGUCUCAAGAAGCCGAAACGGGGCUAA